AAUUUGUGUUUGUACUGGCGGUGAUUUCGGGAGUGUGGAUAAUGUAGUUAUUUAGAAAAACCGGUUUAAUUGUAGGAUUGGGAUUCAAUGACUUCAACUUUCCAACUGAAAUGAUGGGUUUGAUACUUUUCGUUUCAACAAUAAAAUCGUAAAAGCACCACUGGACAAGUAUAACCGUUUCUGAAUAUGAAGUGAAUUACUACACAUGGAUGUUGGCGCUAAGUGGCCUUGUGCCGUAUGUACGUAUGACAAUUGGCCAGCAGCAUUUAAGUGCACUUUGUGUGGUACACCAAGAAGCUCAACUCUUAUCGAAGAUGAAAUGCAACGUUUGCAUUUGUCGUCUAAAGAUUCUGAAAAAAUUGACGAGUCUUGUGCCGAGGCUGUCUUCGAUUCUACGCAACUGAUAAAGUGCCAGUCAUGUACUUAUCUUAAUCAACGACAAAACUUUAAGUGUGAACAGUGUUUUCAGGUUCUCUGUGACUCACCAGUUUUAGAUGCUGAGGUUUCCAAACAAGCUUCUUCAACAUGGUUAUCCUCUCCUACCACAACAUCUUUGUCACCAUCCGGUAAAUGGACAUGUAUUGAAUGUACAUAUGAAAACUGGCCUAAAAGUAAGCACUGUGUAAUGUGCUUUGCAUCUCCACCACAGCCAAUAUGUGUAGUUGAUUGUGAAGAUACUGAGAGCAAGAAUAGUAAUUCAACAUGUGUUUCAUCUAAUUCAUCUAGUUUAAAUUGUAAUCGGCGCCCAAAAUCAAAUAUUUCAUAUAAUACGCCAUUAACUUCUCGUGAUCGUUUAUGGCUGUCAGCAUGUGUUGCUGUGGUAAACGGUGAUGUAUCACCAAUUGAGCGUUACAUACUUGGUAAUGGUAGAAUAGAACGAAAACUGACAAAACAUGAGUGCCGUUAUUUGAAUUCAUAUAUGCAAUCAACUACCACUUGUGAUAUAUCAACGACUUUUUCAAGUAUUGAUCAUUCUCCAAAACGAUUUGAUGAUGCGAAUUUGAGUCAGCUACCCGGCAGCAGCUGCUAUUCUCAUAAAACAACUAUUCCGAGUUGCGAUAGUGGAAUUGUUUAUAGUAACCUGGACUACACAUCAUCAGGAUAUAAAUUUCGAUCUGGUUGGACAUUGGUGGAUCUAGCACUUCGAUUCUGUCGUACGGAUUUAAUCAACUUAUUCAUUGCUUUAAUUGGUCUACAAGCUACUAGUAGCGCUAUAUCUGUCGGUUCUGGAUCUAAGCAUUCCACACUACCUGUGAAUUCGUCGAGUAGCGCUUCGGUCAUUAUUUCAUCGAAUAGUACUACCAUUACAACUAACGUCACAGUGUCUGUUACAACUUCAAAUACUUUUUCAAACAAUAAUCUGCGUAACUCCAUAUUGAAUCCUCCAUUUCAAGAUACUCAGCAAACUCACAGUAGAAACGUUCAAGUAAAUCGUAAAUUAAGCAGUCCACUAACAGCAAAUCAAAUACAUCCCUCACUUCAAAUAAUUUUGAAUCGAACACCAGGUAAUAUAAAUAAGACUCAAGUCACUAGAAGUAAGUGGAUGCCGUGUCAAGCUAGCCCUCAUAUUGCUGGCGAAUUACGAGAUCUAUUAGCAAAAAUGGUAAAACAUUGUAAAGGAGAAUUUCCAUGUGCUUAUUUUUCUGAAUGGGGAACUUUUGCUUUGCCUUAUUCAAUUACAAAGUUUCCUGCUCCAGUAAAACAACUGCUGUUAUCGGAAUUAUGCGAUAUGCAAGCUCAAUCAGAGUUGGAAGAUGAGGCUAAAGCAAUUAAUUGGUGGUUUAUUCCUGGACAAAAACAAUCGAGUCGUCUAUUUGCCUUGUGGAAUCGAACAGCAGGUGAUUGUCUGCUAGAUAGCGUCUUACAGGCUUGUUGGGGAGUAUUUGACAGAGAAAAUUGUCUACGUCGCACACUCGCUGACAGUCUUCAGAAUUGUGAAGCAAAUUUUUAUCCACGCUGGCGUGACUAUGAAGCAUUACAAGCUGCAUGUCAUUAUAUUUUAGAUGAAGAUCAAUGCCGAAGGGACUGGGAAAAUGUGCUAACAGCGGCAUGUCAACCACGUGAAGCUUUAGAACAAAUCCAUAUAUUCGCUUUAAGUCAUGUCCUUCGCCGACCAAUUAUUGUCUAUGGUGUAAAGUACAUAAAAAAUUAUCGUGGUGAACCAAUAGGGAUAGCUAAUUUUCAAGGUAUUUAUCUCCCACUUCUCUGGGAAAAAUGCUCUUGUUCUCGGAAUCCCAUUGUUUUGGGCUUUACUCGGGGUCAUUUUACUGCGCUUGUACCCAUUGAACCGUGCCCCUUAUCCUCGAGUGGUGUAAGCAAUGAGUCAAAUGCAGAUACCAACCAAACAACUGGGGUUACCUUUUCACCAUAUGCUUCUCCUCCUACAUCUUCACGUAAACAUAGUCCUACACCCCUGGAUGAAACAAGUAAUUAUACUCAAGUGCCACUCACCACUGUUCCUCUUUCAACAUCUCUUUCAGAAACGCAACUAGUUUCUUCAACAGAACCAUCGUUAGCCAGCUGUGGAACAACCUUACCUGGUGCAAUAGCUCAACAAAAUGCUUUUGUAUAUCUUCCGCUCGUUGACAAACAAGGAGUUUUGUUACCAAUACAUUUCACUACAGAAAAAGAGGCUAGAAUGUCCCAUACACUUCUUCAAGAAUGGUUAGAUGUGGUAUGUACAAGACGGGGGUUACCGCUUGCCCGAUUACGAUUACAUGCAAAACAUACACUUGUUGAUAACAUGGUAGAAGAAUGGCUAGAUUCCUAUCGUUCGUUAGCAAAAUUAUCUACAAAUAGUAAUCCUAUUACAUUAACUACGCCAUCCAAUAUCAAUAAUAUCAACGCCACCACAACUACUAUUUCUUCUAUUACUGGCUCUACAACAAUUCAGCAUGCUCAUCUCGUCAGUGAACAUUCAUCAUCAUCAAAUUCCAUAUCAUCUGAUACAGAUCAAGUUGAGUAUACUUCAAAAUCAACAUCAUCAUCUUUAGAUGCACUACGCAGCUCUAGUCCCUAAUCUUAUUAUAAAACUAUAUGUUGCUGAUAAUUUAUUUGUUGUGAAAAUUGGUCAAGUUUAUAUUCAAGGAAAAUGUCAACCAACUACUUGCUUUUUAAUAUAUUGUGGCUGUGAUACAUUAUAUUCUCUUGUUUGUUUGUUUCGUUUUGUUUUUCGUUAAUAAAAGGCUGUCCACUUCCUCACUGUAUUCCACUUCUUCUUAAAACUCCUCUAAAAAUAUUCUUUUUAGUGGGCCCAUUUCAUUUUCUUUUCUUCUAUUUCUUGUGUGUAUUUUUAUUCAUUUACUGUUAUUAUUCAACAGAUAUAUUUACUCUACAGACAUAAUAAACAUGUUUGUAAUAAUAACAUGGAAUUGUUUUAAUUUUUCUUUUUAAUCUUUUCAAGUUUCAAUAUAAUAUUAAACUAAAAUCAAUUACGCACAUGUGUAUAAGUAGAGUUUAUUAGUUAAAAAAAAGAUUUGAUAAAAUCAUUCUUUCUCAUCUGUAUAAUGUUAAAGUGUUUAAAUAUUCGUUAUUCAUUUACCAUUUUUAUUUUGUAUAAGUGUGUAUUUGUCCGGAGGCGUUAUUUUGAAAGUUCUUAUUUUAUUUAUAGAAUGUUAUUAUUAGCAUUAUUAUUAUUAUUAUCCUCGGUACUCUUCCUCUUUAGUUUUAUUCAUUAUCUAUUUAGUGAAUUACUUUGUCAUUUUGUUGUAGCAAUUGUGUAACAGUCGAAUUAAUCUUAUUUUUCAUUUGAAAAUCAUAAUGUUUUUCUAUUAGCAUAUUUUGAUUUGUUUAUUUGAUAGCAAACACAUACAUAUACAAAUAUAGAAUAAUUUACCACUAUUUUUUAUUAUUUACAUAAAUUUCUCAAAGAUUACUAUUCUUAUCACAUUGAAAUGGUUGUUUUUAUUGUUAAUUAAAUAUGAGAAAUAAAUAGCAAACUAGAAUUUUUCUUG